AUGACAGAUAAAAUUAAUGGAGAGAUUGAAAUACCAUAUAGUUUAUUUAAAUCAAUAGAAUUAGGAUCAGAGAAAAAUAUUCCAUUGAAAUAUUUAAUAUCACAUGCAAAUUAUAGUUGUAUUUGUAAAGAUAGUUUUGUAUCAGUUGAAUGUGAAUAUCAAAUUAGAGUAUUUGAUCAUAUUGAAAGAAAUAAAAAUUUAUCAUCAGUUGUUAAAGGUGGAAACGAAGGACAUAAAGAAUCAAUUCAAUUAGUUUCACAAAAAGCAACCAUUUUAAAUAGUACAAUUAAAUAUUUAAAAAAUAGUCAUGGUGGUAGUGGUGGUGAUAAUAGUGAUGCAAUAAUUUUAACAUCAGGUACACAUUAUUAUUUACAUACUGGUACAGCUGGUAGAUAUAGUGUAAAAUUGGAAUUGUCAGUACCCUAUUUAACAGUGAAAGAAGCUGGUAUGGAUUUAUCAAUUCCACAAUGUUCAAAUAAUUCAGUGUUCUUCCGAGUGCCACAUGUUGAUGCAAAUAUUAAAAUUUUCAAUUCAUUCCUUGAUACACAAUCUUUAUUGAAUUGGUCAGAAAGAAAUGGUAAAGAGUCAAAUAAUUAUACAGUUACAUUUGUAAAACUUGCAAAUGAAUUAUCACUUAAAGCACAAUGGACAAUUAAUGAAGAUUUCAUUUCAAAUAAAAUAUCUUUAAAAAAUACUGAUGAAAAUAAUAAUAACAACAACAAUCAAAUUGCACAACCAAAAGUUGUAGUUAAACCAAAUGUUAUAGUUUCACAAAAUAUACUUUGUUCAAUUGGUGAAGGUUUAUUAUUAUUAAAAUAUAAAAUUGAUUAUAAAAUUAUUGCAGGUACAUUAUCAUCAUUUAAUAUUGAAAUUGAAGAUAAUGUUAAUAUUAUAAGUGUUAAUGGUAAAGCAAUUAAAAGAUGGGAAGUUGUUGAAUUGGAGAGAAUUGAAUCACCAAAACAUAAAAGAGUGAUACAAAUUCAAUUAGAUUAUGGAUUUGAUACAAAUUAUAGUAUUGACAUUAAUGGUGAAUAUUCAAUGAAGGAUACAAGUGGUGAAUUGAAUAUACCAUCAAUGAUUUGUAAAGGUGAUGAAAUUUCAAGACAACGUGGUUUUCUUGGUGUUGAAGCACGUACCAAUGUUGAGAUUUCAGAUAUUGGUAAUGAUGUACUAAGUGUAGUUGAUGUUAGAGAAUUACCAAUUGAAUUAUGUAAAAUGGCAAAUCAUCCAAUUCUCCUAAGUUAUAAAUUCUUGGAACCACAUUUCCAGCUAAAAUUAAGAGUUAAAAGAAAUUUAGAUUGUGCUGUACUCGUAUCGAUCGUUGAGGAAAUGAGUUGGGUAACAACAGUGAGUUAUAGUGGAAAAAUGAUCCACCAAAUGAUUUUAAAUAUUAAAAAUACUCAAAAACAAUUCCUAAAGGUUCAAAUUGGAUUCGGAUACGAGGUUUGGUCUUGUAUGAUGGAUGGUGAUCCUUGUAAACCUUCAAUCAUUGAGAACGAUGGUGCUUUAUUAAUCCCAAUUUUAAAACCCGGUGUUUUCGACCAAAAUACUCCAAUCAAGAUUGAAAUCGUUAUUUUACAAGAGGAACUCCAUAAAUUCAAUGAGAAAACACGUAAAGGUAAAUUCAAUUUCAUAAUUCCAAAGAUUGAUUUGCCAUUAAGAGCUUGUUUCGCUACAGUUUAUUUACCACAAGGUACUGUGGCUUCAAAUUUUAAUGGUGUUCUUAAACAAGUUUCUUACUUUUCUUCGACUCCACCUUCAGCUUCUCAACCAACUUCAAAUAAUAAUAAUAAUAAUAUUAAUAUAUAUGGUGCACCUGGUAUUCGUUCACGUGGAUUUGGAAAUAGAAAUGAUAGUGUUUGUGAUUUAGCUGAAUAUCAAGAGAAAGCCAAAGCUUCAUCAUUUAUGAGCGUUAAAAAAAGUAGUGCUUAUGGUGGUAGAGGUGGUGGUGGUGGUAAUAAAAGAAUAGGUGUUGUUCCAGUUUUCGUUGAUAUUCCAAAAACAAUUCAUUCUUAUUGUUUUGAACAAAUUUUAUUAUCUGGUGAUAAAGAUUUAUCAUUUGGUUUUGAUUAUAAAUCUUUAAAACAAAAAGCUAGAAGAUAA